AUGGGUAUAGCUUCCCUCGUUCCCUUGCUAUUCGCCUAUAACGCUCAGCACACCAAUACACUGGAAGUCACUGGUGUGCGGAAUCUCAAUUGUGGAGCAGGGGACAAUCAAGUGACGAAUGGAUAUGUUCAUCUCGAAAAUGGGAAUUUGUUCUUCUCCCUCUUCGAAGGGAAAGAUGAAGCGAAGAAUGAUGGGUUGGUAGUUCAGUUUGAAGGUGGACCGGGAGCAUCGGCAUUUGAUUAUCCUUUCAUUGGUGCUGGACCCUGUCAGCUAACUCCCGAUGAAGAGCCCUCCUUGACCGGACUCACACCAGCUCCCUACCCAUGGACGGACCACGCAAACCUUCUCGUGGUUGACUUCCCCAUCGGAACAGGAUGGUCAUACAAUACCAGUGAUCAAUUUCCGGGUUCAACAUCAGAUAUCGCGGCAGAGGAAUUCGAUGAUUUCUUACAAGUCAUCCUCAAACAGUGGCCCCAAUUCCAACGACAACCUUUGAUCCUCUCUACACUAUCUUAUGGAGGUACCACUGGAUCGCAUAUCGCCUCUACGGUGUUGGAACGGAAUAACGCAGUGAGAGAUCAGUGGUGGAAUUCGAGGGUGAUAAAGCAGUUUGAUCAAAUACUGUUUGGAAACCCUUAUGCGGAUGCCAUGUCGGAAAUAUACUCCCAGUGGGAUGUGAUGUGCAACACCGAACCUAAAGGGUAUAAUGAGACUAUCUGUUCUCAUUUCCGAGACGAUCUCACCGAAUGCCUCGACAAACUUCGAUAUAUAGACGAAGUGGAAAAUACCAAAGAUCUCAGACUAUCCGCCGUGGAAUCUUGUGUCAAAAGCCUCGAAAUCCGAUUUGAGGCUCCAUUGUACAAUAGAUAUAAUAAGAAAGAAAGGAAAUGUUAUCCUACGAAUCUGUGUUUCUGGUGGAUGGGAAAGUUGACUGAGUUGAUGAAUAGUCAGGAAAUGAGAGAAUGGCUUGGAGUUACCCAUCAUGUCGAGAGAUGGUGGUAUGCUGGUCCAGCGAUGAUCAGAUUUUCCAAAAAUGCUGAUCAUAUGCAAAGCGCUUACAAGCUACUCACACCUAUCCUCGAAGCUGGAACUAGGCUUCUGGCAUACAGUGGUCUAGAAGAUACGAUGGUACCUUAUAUUGGAACUCUCUCAUGGAUGAACCGUCUUCCAAAUUCGCAUCUCAGAGCCUUCCGGGCAUCUGAAGCUCAACAAGUGUCGAAUGACCUCUUCAAGGGUACGGUCAUUAACCCGGGGUCAGAUUUCACGCUGAUUGGCGUCAAAGACGCUGGUCAUCUUGUCGAACAAACUCAUGCUGCCUUGAUGCAAGAGAUGGUCAGGCAGGCGGUACGGGGGAAGAACUACAAUCCUCUCCUUGUUGUACCGAACACGACUGGCAAUGACAACUAG